AUGCUCUUCCUGAAGCUCACUCUACUCAGCUGGAAAAUUGUGACCUGUGAAGGCAACACUGCUGUGCUGACAUGUGGUUUUCGCCGUAUAAGGAUCAUCAGCGCUAACUAUGGCCGAACCGAUUCUAUCACAUGUUCUUCAGGACGACCUCCCAGUCAACUCUCCAACACAAACUGCUACUCAUUUAGCUCACUAUAUAAUGUUGUAGUUAGAUGUAAAGGAAGGUACAGCUGUCAGGUGCCUGCUACAAAUAGUGUCUUCUCUGACCCCUGCUUUGGCACCUAUAAGUACCUCAAAGUUGCGUACAUCUGUGUGCAGACAAUCCAGAGUACUCAGCCUGGAGACUCGGUCACAACCGAGUUCUUCCACACAGUUAUCACUGUGCGCCUCUUCCGCCCUCUGCUGGCUGCCGGCGAUCUAGCGCGGCCUCUAAGACUUGAUGAAUGUUUUCGCCGUAUAAGGAUCAUCAGCGCUAACUAUGGCCGAACCGAUUCUACCAUAUGUUCUUCAGGACGACCUCCCAGUCAACUCUCCAACACAAACUGCUACUCAUCUAGCUCACUAUAUAAUGUUGUAGUUAGAUGUGAACUACAGCACACCUGUCAGGUGCCUGCUACAAAUAGUGUCUUCUCUGACCCCUGCGUUGACACCUAUAAGUACCUCAAAGUUGUGUACAUCUGUACACGGGAAAUUGUGACCUGUGAAGGCAACACUGCUGUGCUGACAUGUGGUGUUCUCCGUAUAAGGAUCAUCAGGGCUAACUAUGGCCGAACUGAUUCCACCACAUGUUCUUCAGGACAACCUCCCAGUCAACUCUCCAACACAAACUGCUACUCAUAUAACACACUAUCUCUGUUCUGUUGCAGAUGUGAACUACAGCAAACCUGUCAGGUGCCUGCUACGAAUAGUGUCUUCUCUGACCCCUGCGUUGGCACCUAUAAGUAUCUCAAAGUUGUGUACAUCUGUGUCUAA